AGUAAUAGCUUAACAAAAACUGUUUCAGAAUUCGUUUAUUGAGGAAAUCGGUGUAAAAAUGAGCUUUACGUAACAUUCGCGUUGAUUUUAGCGUAGUUUAACUCCUAUCACUUUAAAUGCCCUUCAUUUGAUGUUAGCUAGAGGCUAACUACAAUGGCGUCUCGAUCUGGAAAAAUCUAGAAAGAUUUGCUUGUUUUUACACAUUCUUGUGUUCUAUCCAAAGGCCGAGAAUUACAUUAGACAUAGUUUAAUGGCCUACUUUGACAAUUGUUGGCCAUUAACCAACAAAUAUCUGAGCGGUUAGUACUAGCGGUAAAACCGAGGAAAGGUUGUCGAAACCUCGCAGUGGGGGACCGGGGCUUUGCUUUCCGCGGAAGGAUACACUUUUUGGGUUAUUUGAGGGUUAGACGGCAAGAGGUAGCGAGGAAGGACGGAUCGGCGUGGGUCCAGGUGAGCAUUCGUCCCGCCUGCUUCUCCCAGGAACACUGAACUUCCUGUAAAUAUGGAUUUUGCAGCAGUGAAAACACGCCAGAGUUCGGAUGUGAUCUGUUUGACGUCAGAAGAUGACGAGGACGUGGUUUACAUGUCGACGGAUCAGAAACCUGUUCUGAAGCAGGAGGCUCAGGUGGAGGAGCAGAUCCGGCGCCUGGACAAGCAGAUUCCCACAAACGAUUUGGUGAACUUCAUCAGAACUUACUUCCAGGAUGAAGUUUACUCAGCGGAGCCGGAGGACAUCAUGGCGGCCGUCGCCGACCGGCCGUACUGUGUCUACCUGUACGUAGGUGUGGAUCUGGGCGCGGGACGCAGCGCCAGCGUCCUGCUGAUCGGAUACUUCGAUGAGGGUUCUUGCCAAAGCGUGGUGAAGCUGCUGCACACUCUGCAGAUGAGCACCGACAGCGCCGACCCUCGCCAGCCGAUGGACACGGAUGCCAUGGCGCGCGUCGCCGACUCGGACGCCUGGCUGCUGGUGGAGGCGCUGCGGAAGUACGAGCUGUCUCUGUCCAACCUGGCGGCGUUCUACUGCAGCACGCCGCAGCCGGGCCUGAGCCGGGUGUUUGUGUCGCAGCUGCAGGCGUUCAGCCCCAAGCUGGUGUCGCUCUGCAGCAUCCCGGGGAUCGCGGAGCGCACCUGCCAGGCCGGACUCACCGCCGCCUUCAUCCACACCGUCGACCUCAUCACAGACGUCCACCGCCACUACUCCAUCUGCCCGUCCGUCAACGAAAGCCUGAAGGAAGUGUUCGCCGACACCGGGCCGCACGUCCCACAGUAUCUGUUCCUCGCCCACAGCGUGCAGAAGAUGGCCGCCCGGUGGCAGGACCUGCAGGAGUAUUUUAAAUCGCUGAAUGAGGCGGCGGCGUCGAUCCGGAGCCGUCUGCUGGACGACACGGUCCAGCUGCAGUUCCUGUUCCUGUCCCACGCCUUGGAACCCCUCAGGGAGCUGAGCGAGCUGCAACGGGCCGGGAUGGCGGGGCUGAGCAUGGAGCUGCAGCUCACCUCCAUCCUGAUGCAGUCCUACACCGCCAGCAUCUGCCGGCCGCACGCCGUCCACCGCUUCCUCCUAGGGCGGGAGCUGGACCUGCUUCACGGAGACGAGCUGCUCCCCGUGGCCGAGGUGAACAUCGGGCCGCGCGCGUCGGACUUCAUGGGGGCCUUUGGGCCGAGUCUGGGGGAGCAGAACCUGGCCCGGUUCCUGAAGGACGCCCAGGCGUUCUACAGAGCCGCUCUCCAGAGUCUGGUGGAGAGCAUUCCCGGCCCGCUCGGAGACGGGACGCUCAGGAACAUCGGGCUGAUCCUGAAAAAUCCAGAAAGUAUCACAGAGAAACAUUUUCCCUGGGAGGUUUUGUCAGUGAUGGCCGUCCAGCUGGGGCUCUGCGCCGCCGGGCCUCCAGAGGUGGAGCUGGAACGCAGCUGCUGCGAUUUCAGGAAGCUCAUCCAGGAACAGAGCAGCAGUGACGAAUGUAGCAGCUGGGUGAAGAUCUUGAACAAAAUGAAACCGUGGCCCACUCUGCACAAGCUGUUUCUGACGCUCCUGGCGCUGCCCAGCUCUCUGCACCAGACGCAGGUGUUUGCUAAGGCCUACAAGUACCUGAAAAUCCCUCCCUACGGGGAGAAAACUCCCGUUGCCUCACCGUGCACGGAGGUCUGGGGACGACGAUCGUCAGUCGGUAGGAAGAAACUGGCUUCUUUGGAGGCUUUUAACUGCCAGAAGGUCACAGUGAAACAUAAUGAGAGUUCAUCAGAGGACGAUAAGAGUCCUGCAGCGAAGCCUUUAAUAUUUCAGAAGAUGAAACAUAACAGGAGUGUGGAUGAGAUGGACUACACAGACAAUUCCUCAGAUGUGAUCGACAUCACAGAAGAGCCUGUGAAGUCUCCAGUCGCCCAGCGGACAAAGACGAGUGAAGGAAUUCAUCAGGGAGAGUUUAUCUUCAUCGUGACGAGCGAUGAGGAGGAUCUGAUCUGGGAUUCGACAACAAAACUUCCGGGUUGUGAAGAAAAAUCCGUUGGGGAGCUGGUUUGGGGUCAGAUCGAGGGUUUCUCCCCGUGGCCCGGCGUUGUUGUCCCCUUCAAAGCCCAGGCCCAUCUUCCUCAGAAGAGGAUGGUGGAGUGGUACGGCCAGAGAAUGUGCUCUCAGGUCAGUGUCCGGUCUCUGAAGCCGUUUGCUGCAUUCAGCCAGUAUUUCUGCGCCAACUCCUUUGCAACCCUGGUCACCUACCGAGAGGCCGUCCUCUUGUCGCUGCAGGAGGCAGCGAUGCGCUGUGGGAAGAAGUUUUCUCCUUUGCUCCAAGACAGUGAAGAAGUUCUGAAGCAGGUUCUGGACUGGGCGUUCGGAGGCUUUCAGCCGACCGGCCCGGAUGGACUCAAACCCAAACAAGGUGUUGUUAAAACAUACACCAGGCCAAAGGUGAAGAAGAAACUUUUUGAGAAGUCCAUCCCAGCUCCUGCAUCCUCCACUCCGAAUAAGAAAGACGGCAUCGAGAUGAAACACGUAGCCGUCUUACUCAACAGACUGUCGUGCUCUCCCAGCGAUCUGCCCUCCAGCUCCAAAACCAACGGAACCAACAGGGAAACCGGACCGGGUUUUGCUGCAAAAAGGUCCAAACCUCUGACUCCCUACAGCGGGAAGCAGGGAAAGGAAAGAUCCCAGAUGGAGAAGGACAAUUGGGACGCAGAGUGGGACCAGGUGAAAAGCAAAUGGCAGAAACAGAAAGUCCGAGGACGGAGCCUGAAGAAGAGCUACAGCUGGCUGACUGGAGAGGAUAACGACAUGUCGCCAGACUUUGUGCCACAGAGGAAGAGGAGCUACACCAAAACGUAUAAUAAGGUCAACGUGACGAGCGGCGUGUACACGCAGCCGGACCAGAAACUCAGAGAGAAGACCAUCAAUCAGAUCCUGGACCUGAACCUCGACAUCGAAGAUUUCUGUGUGUGCUGUGGAACCAAAGAAAUCAAGAUUUCCCACCCGCUCUUCAAAGGAAGCCUCUGCUUGAAGUGCAAAGGUAACUUCAUGGAGACGCUGUACCGCUACGACGAAGACGGAUACCAGUCCUACUGCACCAUCUGCUGCUACGGCAUGGAGGUCAUUCUCUGCGGACACGAUGGCUGCCACAGGUCUUUCUGUGAGGACUGUCUGAACAUCCUGGUUGGUCCAAAGACGUUUGACUCUCUGAAGGCCGUGGACCCGUGGAUCUGUUACCUGUGCCAGCCCCACCAGCCGCACGGCGCCCUGGUGCCCCGGGAGGACUGGCGUUUCCGCGUCCAGGAGAUGUUUGCCAACAACAGCGCCAUGGAGUUUGAGCCUCAUCGGGUUUACCCGUCUGUCCCCAUCAAGAUGCGCCGACCGCUGCGGGUUCUGUCGCUGUUCGACGGGAUCGGAACAGGAUAUUUGGUGCUGAAGGAUCUCGGCUUCAAGGUGGAGAAAUAUGUCGCCUCUGAGGUCUGCGAAGAUUCGGUUGCCGUGGCAACCAUCAACCACGACAGGAAGAUCAUCCACGUUGGAGACGUUCGAUUCAUCUCCCAGGAGCUGCUGGAGAAGUGGGGGCCGUUCGACCUGCUGAUCGGUGGCAGCCCCUGCAACGAUCUGUCCAUCGUAAACCCGCUCAGGAAAGGCCUGUAUGAGGGAACCGGCAGACUGUUCUUCGAGUUUUACCGCAUCCUGCAGCUGCUGAAGCCCAAAGAGGAGGACGAGCGGCCGUUCUUCUGGCUUUUCGAGAACGUCGUUUUCAUGAAUACGCACGACAAAGUCAACAUCUGCCGCUUCCUGGAGUGCAACCCGGUGCUGGUGGACGCGGUCAAGGUGAGCCCUGCGCACAGAGCCCGGUACUUCUGGGGAAACAUUCCUGGGAUGAGCAGGCCCAUCAUCGCCUCCCAGAACGACAAGUUGAACCUGCAGGACUGUUUGGAGCUCGGCAGAGAAGCCAGGGUAACCAAAGUGAGAACGAUCACCACAAAUCCGAACUCCCUGAAGCAGGGGAAGGACGUGUCUUUGCUGCCGGUCGUCCAGAACGGGAGAGAGGACAUCCUCUGGAUCACCGAACUGGAAAAGAUCUUUGGUUUCCCCAAACAUUACACCGACGCGAGGAACAUGAACCGGCAGCAGCGGCAGAAGCUGUUGGGCAAGGCGUGGAGCGUGCCGGUCAUCCGCCACCUCUUCGCCCCGCUGAAGGAGUACUUCGCCUGCGAUGAGCUUCCUCCCAUCACCGCCUCCUGCGUCUCCGCCACCAGCACCUCGCCGUCCUCGCCCAACUCCCCAGACCUGCAGCAGCUCCGAUAGAUCCGGAGCUACGUCACGGUUCUGUUUCCCGUAUGGGAACACAGAAGUACGCAGCGAAUGUGGGGUGAAUGUAAAUCACUAUUUAACGGUUUAUUAUCUUUACAGUAAGUCUGUUGGAUUCUACACUGCUGUUCACUCAGUACUCUAAAUUUUAACUGAAUAAUUUCCGUAUUUUGUGCAAUUAAUCAUUUAGUUUUGCUGCUUCUGAUAGGCAGCUGUUUUCCUCAGGAAAUGUGAAUGAAUUCAUCAGUUUAACAGUUUUUAAGAUGGAUGAAACAACCUCAUGGUUGAAAUAUUUUUGGGCUGCACCUGCAGAAUGUGAAUCAUGUGAUGCUUUUUAAAACUACUUGACUGUUUUUAUUACGUUUUAUUCUAUAACGUUUGAGUGUUGCUUUUUUAAAAUCUAAAUUCAUUUUGGGUUUGAGAUCUUCUCAUAUGGAGGACUGAUCCUGCCAAAAUUAGCCAAAACUUGUGGAGAAAAAUUAAAGAACGUAAUUGCACCAAAUAUUGCAACCAAAAAAAUUAUUAAAGUAAAUAAAAACUUUCCCAACUUAUCCGAUUAUACAAUGCAAUUAUUCGUUUAAUUAACAGAAGGGUAAAUAUGCAAAGGGGAAAAAAUUACAGAAGAGAAUAAAUGUAUGUUUUAAAAAAGCGGCAAUAAAUUAAAAUGUGACUAAAUAAAUACACAAUUUGUCAAAAUCAAAUGAGGGUGAACAUUUUAAAAAAAUUAUAAACAUGUAGAAAAAAAAUUUAAUAAGUGAAAAUUAUGAAUAAAAAUAUUUUAUGAUUCUCAUAAAAUAAGUUGGGAAAGUUAUUUUUAUUUUUUGAUUGCAAUAUUUGGCACAUGAUCAAGCCAUUUAUUUAUUUCUGUCUUUAAUGCCAAUUUUGGCAGGAUGAGUAUUCCAUACUCUGAUCAUUGCUUAAUGAAUAGGCAAAAACAAUCAUUUGAAUUUUGUAAAUCUGCAGUCAUGUGAGUGACAGUUGUGGCGCGUAAAUCUACCUCAGUAUUGACCUGCAGUGCCUUAAACAAGCUGUUCAGUGCUGUUUACCUGCAGAUCCGUUUGGGUCAUAACUGUUUACAAACUGAGCUAAUAGAUUUAGAAAAAUGUUUAAAUGACUUUAUUCCAACUGCUGAACCAAAAAACAUCUAACAUACAUACAUUUCCUUUUUAUUUCUGUGAAUUUUAUAAACACAGUUUGAUGCAUUUCUACCAAAAUCAUGUUGAUGCACUUUCAUUUUUUUAAGCUAGCAAACUAAACCUAAUGAGAGAAACAAGAAUAAGACGACAAAACUCAAAAGAUGUUCUGAAUAUGUUCAAACCCUCCAGAUUCACCCUGUUUGUGGUUCCAGCAGAUUUAUUAAACGUCUCUUAAUUUUGUUCUGCAGAAUAAAUCUGUUAUUAAAGCUUUUAAAUCAAUAUUGGAGCAAACAGAACAACCAUCAAGUAACUGAGGAUUCAUCUUUUUUUAUUACGUUUCUUACAAACUACUGUAAUUCAGCUGCUUUUUGUCAUCAUGAUUCCUUUUUAAUAGAUAUUAUUGGUAAUAUUGUCACUGACGGAACUGUUAUGAAUGAAAUUGAAAUGUUGGUUCCGAUGUUUACAUUUUAUGCUUUUGUUUUUAAUGUUUAAUGCUAAAAGUAAUGAUUUGUGGGACUGCGAUCCGUUUUAUUGGUGGAUCUUUUUUUUCUUUUUUUAAAUGUGAGCAAAGUUCAUUCAAUGCUUUUGCACAUUACCUCAAAGGGAUUAAAUGCUUGUUGGCUGUGUGAAGGUUUGAACAUGUAUGAACACAAAAUACUGUCCUGUUUGGCUCUACAAAUGCUGUUAGUAUUUGGAAUAAAAUUUUGUAAACAUCUGA